AAAAGCACAACAACUACCUAUAUGCCAUAGACAUUUCCAUUUCCAUAAUUCCAUUCCCUGAUUUCCCCCGUUUCCUCCGUUUUGAGUUAGGAAUCACGACAAGUUUCCACACAACAGUGUCACCCCCGUUUCUUUGUUUCACUUUCCUCACCAAAAAUAACCAAUCCAACUCACUGAGUCAGUGACCCGCUUAUUAUAACACUCACAAAAAACACUCAUUACAUUCUCACUCUCACUCUCUUCUCUUCCCAACGCAAUGGACCGGGAACGGGACCCAUGGCUCGACGAUCUCGCCGACGAUCUCCAGUCCCUAAGUUUCGCCUCCACCACAACCACCGCCGCAACCGCCGACAUCAAAAGGAGCACCAGCUUCAGCUCUGAAACCACCACGCUAACCGGCUCCUCCUCCGCCCACCUCGCUCCACCAACCUCCGCCAAGCCUCACGCGCCGUCCUCCGACCCGCGCUGGGCCGCCAUCCACCAGAUCCGGUCAGAAUCCCCCAGCCGCCGCAUCGUCCCCUCGGACCUCCGAUUCUCCCGCCGCCUCGGCUCCGGCGACAUCAGCUCCGUCUACCUCGCUGAACUCAACGAAGGCGCGCUACCGGUGAUGUUCGCCGCCAAGGUCAUGGACAAGAAGGAGCUCGCGAGUCGCAGCAAAGAAGGUAGAGCCAAGACCGAGAGGGAAAUCUUGCAAAUGCUUGACCAUCCGUUCUUGCCGACGCUCUACGCCACCAUUGACGCCGCGAAAUGGUUAUGCCUCCUCACUGAGUUCUGCCCCGGCGGCGACCUCCACCUCCUCCGCCAGCGCCAGCCGAACAAACGCUUCCCGGAACCCGCCGUCAGAUUCUACGCAUCAGAAGUAUUGGUGGCACUUGAAUACCUUCACAUGUUGGGGAUAGUGUACCGUGAUCUCAAGCCUGAGAACGUGUUAGUUCGAUCAGACGGUCACAUUAUGCUCACUGACUUUGACCUCUCCUUGAAAUGUGAUGAUUCCACUUCAACGGCCCAGAUCAUCUCCACUCAAAACUCUCCUCACAUAGCCCCACACAAGGAUCCCCGUGCUGAAGCACCACAAUUCAACUCCUCUUGUAUAAUCCCCAACUGUAUAGUCCCAGCAGUGUCGUGCUUCCAACCCAAACGCAAGCGGAAGAAGAAGCAGAGCCAGCAUACCGGGCCAGAGUUCGUGGCCGAGCCCAUGGACAUCCGGUCCAUGUCAUUCGUGGGAACCCACGAAUAUCUAGCCCCAGAGAUCGUCUCUGGGGAAGGCCACGGCAGCGCCGUGGACUGGUGGACCUUAGGGAUAUUCAUAUUCGAAUUAUUUUACGGUGUCACACCUUUUAGAGGCAUGGACAAUGAGCUAACCUUAGCCAACAUUGUGGCUCGUGCAUUGGAGUUCCCAAAGGAACCCACCGUGCCAGCCACGGCAAAGGAUCUCAUCUCACAGUUAUUGGUUAAGGACCCAGAAAGAAGGUUAGGGUCAACAAUGGGGGCUUCCGCAAUCAAGCACCACCCGUUUUUCCAAGGUGUGAAUUGGGCAUUGCUUAGAUGCACAGCACCACCCUAUGUGCCCCCACCUUAUACUACUAAAGAAGCUGUAUCUGAUGAUAGUUGUCCACAGACCCCUGUUGAUUAUUAUUGAUCAAUGUCAUUAUUAAGUAUGAAGAGUUAAAAGUACAGUUGAUAAAAUAGUUAAUUUCACGAAAUUUAAUUCUCUUUCUUUUGUCCUUAAAUUGUCACCAUACCCUUCUUAUCUUUACAUUUAAGAGGCUUGAAUAUAAUAGAUUGUAAUUGUCAA